AUGGAUGCUGAGCGUUUGGAGUGUAUGUCCUGUGUGCAGCCUGAGCUCUCCCCUGCAGAGGAGGAAGACAGCUGGGAGGGAUCUGAUGAAACUGUGGGUGAUCAAGAGGGAAGAGAGCAACAAGAAGUGUCAGAUCCCCAAUUUCUACAGACCCCUCAACUGGGGGAAGAUGUCACAUGUGACCUCAAACCAUGUAUCCAGCCCUUCAAGGCAUGGGCUCCUACUGUCUACUCCUGUUUUGGGAAAGAGCACCUCUGGUUUGCAGGGUACGAAAUUAUUAUCCAGGAGUCCUUGGAAGGUUACGCAGGAGUGAUCUGGCCUGGGGCCAAGGCAUUAUGUUACUUCUUGGAAGAAAACCAAGAUGGAUUUGACUUGAGAGACAAGAAGGUUCUUGAACUUGGCUCUGGAACAGGACUGGUAUCGAUUGUUGCAUGCAUCUUAGGUCUGUGA